AGACAAAAAACAUGUCAGUGAUGUUGACCCGCUGAGCGAACCCGGCCUAAAAGUGAGCAGCUCGGAACCCAGGUCAGCCUGUCAGAGCGCUCAGAAAGUCAAUGACUCCUUCAUUGCAACGCCACAGGGUGGGACUUUUGUUCCCAUGGCAGCGGUGUCACAACAGAUGGUGAGGUUCGGACUUAGCAGUGAGUGUCAGGCGGUUUUUAGUCCAGCUGACCUGCGCAGGGUGGGCGCGCAGGGAGGAGGGAGGGACGAGGGGGCAUCUGUGCGUUUUCUGGAAACUGCUGGGGCAUCGUUGUGUUUGCAACAUCGUGCCUGAAGUGGGACGGAUUUUGCUGCAUCCACUUUUACAGUUUUUUCUUUUUCGCUGUUAUUUUUUGAGUUGUGUGUGCGUGUGUGUGUGUGUUUUUUUAACCAUCCCGACUAUUUACACUCCGAACUAGCAACUGCACAUUUCGCGCAUCCUCCGUACGCAGUGGAGGCUGACUGGUGUCACAUACAGUAGCCUGCAGCAUUCCUGCGUAUUUACAGAGGAUACGGCGCUUCACAGGUUAGGAGUGACCUUUCUUUACCAACUCGUCCAUCUGGCUUAGGAAUCACCAUUCUGAACCUACAGCAACUAUAAUAGCAGCAAAGUACACUGAUGUUUGUGAGGUGUUCCUUCAUAUCCUUCUUGCAAACACUGCUUCUCCAUUAAGCCCUCUUAGAGAGAGUAGCCAACAUGGCAAUCGGCUCUCAGCUUUGGCCACCUCCGGUCUUGCUGUGUGUGGGAUUUCUUCUUGCUUGUCUGUCACCAGUGUGCAGCAAAGAAUGCCCACGUUUAUGUGUGUGCGAGAUCCGCCCCUGGUUUACCCCCCAGUCAACAUACAAGGAGGCAACGACAGUGGACUGCAAUGACUUGAGACUGACACACAUCCCCACAAACCUGUCAGCAGACACGCAGGUGUUGCUGCUGCAAAGCAAUGUCAUCUCUCGCACCAGUGGAGAGCUGCAGAUUCUGGUGAACCUGACAGAGCUGGAUCUUUCCCAGAACAACUUUACCAAUGUUGAAGCUGUGGGUCUGAGAAACAUGAAUCAUCUGACUACUCUGCAUCUGGAGGAGAACCAGAUCAAAGAGUUGCCAGAUCACUGCUUGGGAAACCUCUCCAGCCUCCAGGAGCUCUACAUUAACCACAACCAGAUAAGCUCCAUCUCCCCCUAUGCAUUUUCAGGUCUACGCAGUCUGUUGCGGCUCCACCUCAACUCAAACAGACUCCAUGUGAUAGACAGCCGCUGGUUUGAGGAAACCCCUAACCUUGAGAUCCUCAUGAUUGGGGAAAACCCAGUUAUUGGCCUUCUGGAUAUGAACUUUACACCACUGGGAAGGUUAAGAAGUCUGGUUCUGGCUGGGAUGGAUCUCACUGAUGUUCCACCAAAUGCAUUUGUGGGCUUGGACAAUUUGGAGAGCAUAUCAUUCUAUGACAACAAACUGGUCAGAAUCCCCCAAUUGGCCCUACAAAAAGUUCCCAACUUGAAAUUCCUGGAUUUGAACAAAAAUCCAGUUAAAAAAAUUCAGGAAGGAGAUUUCAGAAACAUGCUAAACCUUAAGGAGCUGGGCAUCAACAACAUGAUGGAGUUAGUGUCCAUUGAUCGCUAUGCUCUGGACAACCUACCAGAACUGACAAAACUAGAGGCUACCAACAACCCAAAGCUUUCUUAUAUCCACAGAUUAGCAUUUAGGGACAUGUCCUCUUUGGAGAGUCUGAUGCUCAACAAUAAUGCCCUGACUGCCCUUUAUCAGCACAUUGUGGCGGUGCUGCCAAACCUGCGGGAGAUCAGUAUUCACAGCAAUCCACUACGCUGCGACUGUGUGAUUCAGUGGAUGAGUUUGAACAGGUCCACAGUGCGGUUCAUGGAGCCUCUGGCAAUGCUCUGCACAACCCCAACAGAACUGAGAGGCCAACGAGUCCGAGAGUUAAGGCUGCUGGACUCCACAGAGCAGUGCCUUCCCCUCAUUUCCCAUGACACUUUCCCCAGCCACUUGAACCUUGAGUUAGGAAUGAGUGUCAGCCUAGACUGUCGGGCAAUGGCUGAACCAGAACCUGAAAUUUAUUGGGUGACCCCUCUUGGUGCCAAAAUCACAACCGACACUGUGUCAGAGCGGUACCACCUAAGCAGCGAGGGGACUCUUCGGCUGUCUCAUGUGCAGGUGGAAGACUCUGGCCGGUACACCUGCGUGGCACAGAACCCAGAAGGUGCCGACACAUGGGUCUCCACAAUCCGUGUAAACGGGACCCUGCUCGACAACACUCAGGUGAUGAAGAUCUACGUCAAGCAGACAGAGUCCCAUUCAAUUCUGAUCUCCUGGAAAGUCAACUCAAAUGUCCUGUCCUCCAACCUGAAAUGGGCCUCUGCUACCAUGAAAAUCGACAACCCCCACAUCACAUACACAGCUCGCGUGCCCGUAGACGUCCACGAGUACAACCUCACACACCUUCAACCUGCCACAGAGUAUGAAGUAUGCCUCACGGUUUCCAACGUCCACUUGCAGACACACAAGUCCUGCGUCAACGUCACAACACAGGGUACCACCUUCGCUCUGGACUUGUCGGACCAGCACCCAAGCGUGGCUGUGCUGGCGGUCAUGUCAACAGCCUUGGCCUUCCUCAGCCUUGCCACUGUGGGUGUCUACAUGGCCCGCAGGUGGAAGAGGAAAAACUACCACCACUCACUGAAGAAGUACAUGCUGAAGACCUCUUCCAUCCCUCUCAACGAGCUCUACCCUCCGCUCAUUAACCUGUGGGAGGCUGAUGGAGAGAAGGACAAAGACAGCACAGAGGGGAAACCGUCCCCUGUCGACACCACACGCAGUUAUUAUAUGUGGUGAGGGUAUUCUUAAUGAGGCUUAACACCUCUCUAGCAGCACAAUAAGACACUCUUUUGCCAUUUUGGUGCAAAAGUAAAAUAAGGUUGCAAGUGUUUUUUGUAUUUUUAGCUUUGCUAUUAAGAGGCAGAGUGAUCAAGUGAAGGAUUUAUAUUAGUAUAGCGUAUCGCCUUUGUUUAAUCUAUAUCACUGUUUGUUCUUUACUCUCCAAGACGGCAGCUGUAUUUAGCCUCCAGGUUGUCUUAGUUGCUCUGCUCUGUUUCUGUGGUGCAUUUUGGACUCGCAUUGUUUUUGAGUUAAUCAUACAGCAGCAGGGGGUUGAACUAUUUGUAGGAAUAAGUUGUGUUUUUCUUGUUUUGUUAAACAGUUAAUCUCUUGUGCACUGAUAGAUAAAGAGGUUUGUGAGAACUUCAAUUCAAAGCUGACUGCAGGGUUUAGACUCGUUAAACUGUCUAAUGGAUGUUAGCGGUUGUGCAGUAAUGUUGUAUCAACUAUAAAUUUGAACCUUUUGAUUUUCGCUGUGACAAAGUAGGACUUUAGUUUGCUAAAAGUGUAACACUAAUUAUUCUAGAAAUAAAUGUUUCUUUUGAAAUUUUCUCCAUAGGUGCACUAGAAUUUUUUUUUGACAUUAUUCUCCAUUUACUUAUGCAUUAGGCUAGAGUUUUUGUUUACUAAUUGCUUAGUUUAUAAGCCCCACAUGUAAUAUGUAAACUUACUGAUAAAUAAAGAUUUUGUUCUUUUGCAGA